AUGGUAUGGCCCGAUGGUAAUGACCAUGGUGGUUGCAGCAUUCUUUCUAUCUAUCUAUCUAUCUAUCUAUCUAUCUAUCUAUCUAUCUAUCUAUCUAUCUCAGUCUGUUCAUAUCUAUCUAUCUCACUCUUUUCAUAUUUAUCUAUCCAUCUUAGUCUGUCCAAUAUCUAUCUUACUAUCUCACUCUGUCCAAUAUCUAUCUAUUGCAUCUUUGUAAGUAUGUAUGUAUGUAUGUAUGUAUGUAUCUAUCUAUCUAUCUAUCUAUCUCAGACUUUUCACAUCUAUCUAUCCAUCUUAGUCUGUUCAAUACCUAUCUAUCUUACUAUCUCAGUCUAUCUAUCUAUCUAUCUAUCUAUCUAUCUAUCUAUCUAUCUAGUAUUCUAUUGCAUCAUUGUACGUAUGUAUCUAUCUAUCUAUCUAUCUAUCUAUCUAUCUAUCUAUCUAUCUAUCUAUCUAUCUAUCUAUCUCUGUUCAUAUCUAUCUAUCUAUCUAUCUCACUCUUUUCACGUCUAUCUAUCCAUCUUAGUCUGUCCAAUACCUAUCUAUCUUACUAUCUCACUCUGUUCAAUAUCUAUCUAUCUAUCUAUCUAUCUAUCUAUCUAUCUAUCUAUCUAUCUAUCUAUCUAUCUAUCUAGUAUUCUAUUGCAUCAUUGUACGUAUCUAUCUAUCUAUCUAUCUAUCUAUCUAUCUAUCUAUCUAUCUAUCUAUCUAUCUAUCUCAGUCUGUUCAUAUCUAUCUAUCUAUCUAUCUAUCUAUCUCACUCUUUUCACAUCUAUCUAUCUAUCCAUCUUAGUCUGUCCAAUACCUAUCUAUCUUACUAUCUCACUCUGUUCAAUAUCUAUCUAUCUAUCUAUCUAUCUAUCUAUCUAUCUAUCUAUCUAUCUAUCUAUCUAA